CACCUUGAAAUGGAUAAUUUGAUCGGUAACAUACCUCCAGUGACCAAGGGCAUGCUAUGCAUAUCAUUCGGCCUUAUGGCGGCAUGUACUCUCGAGUUCAUAUCACCAUUCUCCCUCUACUUCAACUGGGAGAUGGUAUGGGAGCACGGCCAAUGGUGGCGUCUAUUCACAUGCUUCCUCUUCUAUGGAGACCUAGGAGUAGGCUUCAUGUGGAAUGUCUACGUUAUGUAUUUCUACUGUUCACAACUGGAAGAGGUCGUCUUCCGCCAGAGGUCUGGAGACUUCGUAUACAUGUUGCUAGUGUCCAUGUCCAUGCUCCUGGGCUUAUCAUUCCUCACUGGCCACUUCUCCAACUUCUACUCAGGCGCGAUCAUCGAUGUCAUGACGUACGUAUGGGCUCGGCGGAAUCCAGGUGCUCGAGUACAUGUUAUCGCCUUCACUGUGAAGGCUCCUUAUCUCCCUUGGAUACUCGCUGGGAUAUCUUUGAUAAUGGGAGGACAACUGGCUGAUCACAUACAGGGCAUCCUGGCUGGUCAUAUCUAUUACUUUUUCACAGACGUUUAUCCGAGGAUGCCGACCUCUCACGGGUUACAAGUGUUGAAGACUCCGAAGGUCCUCAAGUGGCUGUGCGGUCAGAAGGAUGAGUAGCAUCAUUCACUUUGUAUAAAAUAUGUCUAAUUUUC